CUCCGGGCUCCGCUUCCCCACAAUGGCGGACGGGCUCCGGCUCCCACUUCCGCUCCGCGCAGCCCUGACCUUCCGCUCCCCCUCCGCGGCGCCGCCGCUGACCUUUCCCUUCCCGUCCCCGCCUCCGCGUCACGUGGGGCGGGAAGGGGCCCCGCGCGCCUGCGUGCGUGCGUGCGUGCGCGCGCGCGCGCAGCGGGAGGCGGGCGGAAGGACUUGGCGCCCCGCCCCGCCUGCCCGGCACCGGGGGCGCGCGCGCGCGCUCGGCGGGGAGCGGCGUCCGCUGCUUGUCCGCUUCCGUGCGGGGGGGGGAGCGCGGCGGGGCCGUCAGGGGCUCCAGCCCUGCGGGAGGUCCUGCCCCCGGUGGGCCCCGCAGCCCGCCCUCCCGCUUGGGCGAGGCCCCGCUGCUUCUCCCGCCUCACCUGCGGGCGGGGCGCGGCGCGGUGGCCGAGGGCGAGUGCCGGUGCCGGGGGCCGGAGCGCGGGCUGCGUGCUGCUCCCGGCCGCGGGAGCCUUUGGGUGGCGGGGCCAGGGACGGGUGUCCCGCCUGCGCUUCGCCCGGUGCCUGCCCAGGCUGCGUCGGGAGGCCUGUCCUUCGCUCCGGGCGCGGGGGGGAGAAGGACCCGCGGUUCGUGCCGGGCGCCGCGUGCACCGGCCGGGCUCGCGAGGCGCCCCGGCGCUCCAGCGGCCUGAGCGCGCGGUCGGCAGGGGCCUGGGGGCCUCCGGUCGCCAGCGCCGGGGAAAAACCGAGCCCGCUCCCGCAGCGCCUCGGGGAAGAACGGGGCGUUUGUCGGCUUGAGUCUGAAACGCCCGACACGGUAAUGAGGACGCUGCUUAGAGUCUUGAGGAGAGAACGCCUGAAGUCCCGCACCGUCUGUGCCGGAGACGUGCCUGUUGGGGCUCUGAGAGGGUGCAUCACUCAGGGCUUACUUAGGAAACUUGGUGUACGUCUGUUCUUCACAAAGUAAAGCGUGUCUUCUGAUUGCGUUUUUUUCGAUACUAGAUUCAAGUAUGAUCCCUGAGGUCCCUUCCAACCUGGCAUGCUAUGAUUUUGUGAUUCUAUGAAAAGUGUACCUGUGGGCUUUUGGUAUAGCUGCCUUGGAGAUGGAGGAAAUUAAACGGCUGUCUACCUUGUCUGAUCUCUUAGAGGAUCUUUCUGUUACGGGGUUUCAGAGGGGUGAAGAACAACAGGUGCUGAUCAUUAUUACAACAGAGCACCAGUGGCUAUAGAAGAGGCCCCAGCAUACUAUAAACUACCAGAAAAUAAGAAGCAGUAUGCCCUGUUCCCUGAUAGGUCUUGUCAUAUUGUGAGAGAGCAUUGGAAAUGGAAGGCUGCUGCAUGGAGUCCUAUAUGACAAGUUACAGAAACUGCUGAAGGCCAAGGUCAGUCAAGUCCAUUUGCAGAGGAGAAUGCCAUGCAGUUGGCUUUAGACACUGCCAAAUGAGAAAGGUGACCAAGACUAUACUGACUCAAGAAUGGCAGCAAAUGCCCUGUGAGGCUGUUUGCAGCAAUGGAAGCAGAGCAACUGGCAGCAGGGAGGUAAACCCAUCUGGGCUGCCACAUUGUGGCAAGAUACUGCUGACUGGUUAGAGAACCUGGUUGUACAAGUAUGUAAUAUAAAAAGCUCAUGUGUCCAAGAGCUGGGCCACUGAAGAGCAUCAAAACAACCAGCAGAUGGAUUGGGCUGCUAAGAUUGAAGUGGCUCAGGUGGACUUGGACUGGCAACAUAAAGGGUGAAUUAUUUAUAGAUCUGUGGGCCCAUGACACCUGAGGCCAUCAAGGAAGAGAUGCAACAUAUAUAUAGGCUUGUGAUUGAGCAGUGGACUUGGAUACUAUUGCACAGAUUAUCCAGGAAUGUAAAACGUGCUGCAAUCAAGGAAGCCGAGCAGUUAAAGCCUCUCUGCUAUGGAGGAUGAUGGCUGAAAUAUAGUAUGGGGAGGCCCAGCAGAUCUGUUAUGUCACACUCCCACAAACCUGUCAAGGCAAGCGCUAUGUGCUUACCAUGGUGGAAGCAACUACUGGAUGGCUGGAAACAUAUCCCAUGCCCAUUGACACCAACCAAAACAUCCUGGGCCUUAAAAAGCAAGUCUUAUGGCAACAUGGCACCCUAGGAAGACUCAGACAACAGGACUCAUUUCUGAAACAACUUCUUCGAUACCUAGGCCAAAGGGCAUGGUAUUGAGUGGGUGUAUCACAUUCCCUAUAUGCAUCAGCCUCUGGGAUAACUGAACAAUACAAUGGACUGUUAAAGACUACACUAAGAGGAAUGGGUGCUGGGACAUUCAAAUAUUGGGAUACACGUUAUUUAGCAAAAGCCACCUGGUUAGUAAACACCAGGGGAUCUACCAGUCGAGCUGAUCCUGCCCAAUCCUAACUUCUACGAACUGUAAAAGGGAGUCACUACUGUGUCAUCACUACUAUUGUUGCUAUGUGCCAUAUUGAUGGUAUUACAGUAACAACCACCCAAAUUAAUGAUGAAUUAGCUUUGAGGAAACCAAGCAAAGCAUAGCGAUUAGAGAACUGAGCAAGCCCAGCAAUAAUGGAACCAAAACUGGCUUCAGCAUGCAACAGCCCAACACCACACACAAUCUCUCCUGCCCUGAAGGACAGUUAUGACAGGUGGAGCCCAAAGUCAUGGAUUAAAUUAAAUUAACUCAACAAACAUUUUUAGAGGGAUGGACCACAGACGAAGGAUAUUAUAUCUAUGUGCAUAUAUCAAAAGUCAUAAAAAAUUGUGUGAUUAAUUGGAAUGUACUGGAAAGUCUGGGAUGUGGACUUGACAUAUCUGGUACAGAAUAAAGGGUGGAUAUUGUC